AUGAUUUCUUUUAGUUUUAUAAUUUUUAUUUUUAACUUUGUGCUUGCAUACAAAUUCUAUGGGAGCACUAGAAAAAGCUCUAGAGAAGACAGCGAUGAGAAUCUGGACAGACGGUUUCAGAAAAGUGUACACUCUGUGCGCAAGUUUCCAUAUCGGGAACUCGUAGCCGCAACUGAAAACUUCAGUGAAGUGAUUGGACAGGGCGGCUCAGGGAGCGUCUACAGAGGUACUCUGUCUGGCACGAAUGAAGUUGUGGCUGUGAAAAGGAUAAAAGCAAAUUCCGAUGAAGGCAAGAAAGAGUACGAGGCAGAAGUGAUUAUAAACGGUAACAUUUUACACCGUAAUCUCGUGAAGUUUCUGGGAUGGUGCCACCAUAAGGACAAAUUGUUUCUCGUCUACGAAUUUCUCCCCAAAAGAAGUCUUGACAAAUAUAUUUUUGGUAAGCCGGAGUAUCAUCUAGAUUGGGAUAACAGAUACAGAAUAACUAGUGAAAUAGCUUCUGUUCUCUAUUACCUUCACGCGCAUAGCCCAAAGAGUGUUGUGCAUAGAGACAUCAAGGCGAGCAACGUUAUGCUGGAUUCAGAUUUCACAGCCAAGCUAGGGGAUUUUGGUCUAGCGAGAGCGUUGAAAGAUGAAUUCAAAGAGUAUACCACAUGCCCAGCUGGUACAAUUGGGUAUCUGGCCCCCGAGACCCUAACAACCGGAAAGGCCAGUCGAGAAUCGGACAUGUACAGCUUUGGAGCACUCGCUCUUGCAAUUAGCUGUGGAAGGCCACCGGCAGAUGAUCGCUUGGAUAAAUAUAGUUGCAGUUUGGUAAAGUGGGUUUGGCACUGCAAGAUAGAGGGGAGAAUAAUAGAUGCGGCCGAUGAAAAGUUCGAUGGAAAUUUUAAUGUUGAGCAAAUGGAGCGGCUCAUGUCGGUGGGCUUGUUGUGUUGUCAUCCCGAACCAAAAGAAAGACCGCCGAUCGAACAAGUGAUGGCCAUGUUGAAAACAACUGCUGAAUUGUCUCCUAUUCCUCAUGCUCUAUAUGGUGAGCCUAUUCAACUUGAAGUAGGCUUACCGUCGGUAGAGACGUCUGACGCCAUUUAA